AUGAAGGAAGGAGAGGAGGGACUUUUGGAAUCGUCAGAUGAUAAAGACACCAUCAAAACUGCUUACAGUAAAUGGUUAGACAAUUACGAGGACUUUCUAGAGUUCCAGGAAGAAGUUAAAGCAUUCAUCUCCCCGAGCGAGCAGACGGUAGAUGAAGAAAUAUUCACCGGAAGAAAUAAACAACUAAUGGAUGUGAAAGAGUCAGUGGAAAAAUGGUUUUCAAGACAUUCGAAAGGUGUUCCAUCUGAUAAACGAUCCAUUGUUUCUAAGUCAAGUAACUAUUCAGUGGCCAAGCUUGAGGAAAAACAACAUAAAGCAGAACUAUUGGCAAAAGCAGCUGCGCUUAAAGAAAAGAAACAGAUAGAGGAGGCCAAACUACAGUUAAAAAUGAAAGAAGAAGAACUUCACAUACAAACAGCACUAAAGAUCAGUGACGCUCGAACUAAAAUUAUUGAAGAACUUGAAAGGAGUGAAUUGAGGGACCAACAGCUUACCGAAGCUCUGAGUGAUAUCCAUGCAGAAUUGCAUCACCGUGGCGCACCUUUGUUUUCACCUGUAUUGAAACCAGCUGCACAGCAGUUACCGCAUUUGCAUGUACCUGUGUCUACCACACAGUCUACCUUGAAUCCACAUGCGCCUUUGUUUACAUCUGUGUCAAGGACUGUUAGUCAGCAGAACUGGAAUACGCCAUUUGUGACUCCAGGUACUUCAUCACAUGUGCCUGUUAGUGUGACUACAUGUACGCCACAUAGUAUUCCUAUGUCGACACAACAUAGUACGCCUUAUGUACCUGCGUUACCAACGUUCGGUGACUUGUACAAUUCAGGACAUGCGCACAGUCAUAAUCGUGAACAUGAAGGCCUACUUAUUGUGGCACAAGAACUAAAUAAGCCAAAAUCAGAAAUACAGAAGUUUGAAGGGAAUCCAAUGGACUACCAGAGAUUCAUUAGACAGUUUAAUACAAGGGUGUGUGCUAAUACCAGCUCAUAUGAAGAACGUUUGAACUUUCUUCUGCAAUUUACCAGUGGUGAGGCUAACAGAAUAGUGACUGGAUAUUCACACUUAAAUGCUGAAGGAGGAUACAAGGCAGCGAUGGGUGAAUUCAAAGAUCGAUAUGGUGAUCCAGACAUUGUUGCGCAAGCUUAUGUGAAAAAAGCAUUGAAUUGGUCAUCAAUAAAACAAGACAAUGCAAGGGGACUUGAUGAAUAUGCAAUAUUCCUUACAGAGUGUCAGCAUGCUGUCAAUAACGUAGCCAGCGCUAGAGCCUUAGAGUAUCCAGAGAACAUGAAACUUAUUAUAAAGAAACUUCCGUUCUACUUACAAGAAAAGUGGCGAAAUGUUGUGUACGAGCUCAAAGACAGAAGAGAAGUUGUGAAGUUUGAGAACUUAGUGAAGUUUGUUCGUAAGGAAGCUAAAAAGGCCAACGACCCUAUUUAUGGAAGAGAAGUGAUGAAUAUCUCAACAUCUUCAACCCACGGACAGAAUGUUAAACCAGCCACAUUCUCAAAACAGAAAGGGAACUUUGCAACUAAGACCGUAGAAUCUCAUCUAUCUACAAACAAUUAUGCAUAUGAACAACAUAGACCAAAAUCAUCUGGAUUUGUGAAACCAUGUGCUUAUUGUCAAGGCACAUCACAUUCAUUGGAAGAGUGUCGGAACAUUAUGAAGCUACCCUUAAAGGACAGAUAUGAAGUGUUGAAGUCUAAGGGACUGUGUUUCUCGUGUUUGAGAUCAGGACAUCUUAAGGGAGCCUGUCAACACAAGUUAUACUGCGUUCACUGUAAGAAGUGUCACCCAUCUAUACUUCAUGUGAAUCCUCGACAAGGCAAGGAAAACCCAGUGACUACUGAUCAAAACAACAACAGCUCAUCUGCAGCCGUUUCUUCAACAGCGCAUAUGGGGGCUGGGGACUCAGUGAGGCAAGCGCUUCCAGUCAUACCAGUACGUCUGAAAUCAAGAAACAGUGACAAAUUUAUUACAACUUAUGCUUUCUUGGAUUCUGGGAGUACAGCGACAUUUUGUACAGAGGAAAUCGCAAGAUCACUUCACCUUGAAGGCAAAAAGACUGUGCUCAACUUAACAACCAUGGGACAGCAGAGGACAGAGAACUGUAGCAUUCUAUCUGGUCUUGAAGUGAGUGAUUUAAAUGGUGAUCACACAAUUGACUUACCUCCUAUAUACACUCAACCGGAUCUGCCCAUAUCUAAGAAAGACAUUGUUACGUCCGAGGACCUACAUAGAUGGCCGCAUCUGCGUGAUGUACAUAUUGACACCAUAGAUAGUGAUGUUGGUUUGUUGAUUGGUGUCAAUGUACCGAAAGCAAUGGAGCCAUGGGAUGUGAUUACUAGUGUACACAAAGGUCCAUUCGCUGUUAAGACUCUGUUGGGAUGGGUAAUCAAUGGACCGCUUGAUACCAGACCCGAGAAUGGUACUUACAGUACAUACGUCACAGUCAACCGUAUCGACGUAAGAUUAGAGGAGCAAGUGAGAUAUCAAUUCAAUCAUGACUUUAGUGAAAGAGCUAUCGAUGAUGUUCCAGAGCCAUCAAGGGACGACAGGAGAUUUCUCGACUUUGUGACAAAUUCAGUUCGCUUUGAAAAUGGACAUUAUGUCAUUGGUCUACCAUUCAAAUCAGAAAAUGUGAUAAUGCCAAACAACAGAAAACAAGCAGAACAGAGACUGAAUUCGUUGGCUAAGAAACUUUGCAGUGACAGUGAAUUCCAUGACAAUUAUAAAGCCUUCAUGGACAAAAUUAUUAGCGAAGGCUAUGCACGAAAGGUACCUAUAGAAGACUUGAAUCAAGAUGAUGGACGCGUUUGGUAUUUGCCGCAUCAUGGUGUACUACAUCCCAAGAAGAAAAAACUUCGAGUUGUGUUCGACUGUGCAGCAAGGUUCCAAGGGACUUCACUGAAUGAACAAUUAUUACAGGGCCCUAACUUGACAAACACACUCAUCGGGACUUUGAUGCGAUUUAGAGAGGAGGAAAUCGCUGUGAUGGGAGAUAUCGACAGCAUGUUCUACCAAGUACGUGUUCCGCCACAAGAUGCUACUUUUCUACGAUUUCUCUGGUGGAAAGAUGGAAAUCCUUCCAAUAGUUUACUAGAGUACCAGAUGAUCGUGCAUUUGUUUGGAGCCACAUCUUCGCCUAGUUGCGCCAACUUUUGUUUACGAAAAACAGCUCAAGAUUGGUCAGGACAUUUUAGUGAUGAGACAAUUAAGACAGUUCUUCAGAAUUUCUACGUUGAUGAUUGUCUGAAGUCAGUGAAUUCUGUAAGAAAUGCUGUGACAUUGGUGAAAGAGUUACAGGGACUAUUGGAAAGUGGGGGAUUUCAUAUAUCGAAGUGGAUCAGCAACAGUCGUGAGGUCAUGUAUUCGAUACCAAAAUCCGAUAGAGCUAAAGAGGUCAAGGACUUGGAUCUUGACUAUGAUACACUACCGGUAGAGAGAGCCCUCGGCAUCCAGUGGUGUGUGAAUUCUGACAUCUUUCAGUUUAAACUGGACUUCAACAGGAAACCACUUACAAGGCGGGGAAUUCUGUCAAUGGUGAGCGGUGUGUUUGACCCACUGGGAUUCUUAGCUCCACUACUACUCAAGGCCAAGAUCAUUCUGCAGGAAUUGUGCAAACUUCAGCUUGGAUGGGACGACAAGAUUCCAGAUGACACUGCUACUCAGUGGAAUAAUUGGUACCAAGAUCUCGAGAAACUGAGGGACUUCAAAGUGAACAGAUGUCUGAAACCUUAUGGUUUUCAUCCACUCAUGGUACAGUUACAUCAUUUUGCUGAUGCGAGCGAAACUGGAUAUGGUACAGUGUCAUACUUGUGCAUGGAGAACGCUUCUGGUGAACGUCACUGUUCCUUUAUUAUGGGAAAAUCCCGCGUUGCUCCACUUAAGACAACAUCUAUUCCACGAUUGGAGUUGACAGCAGCCACAGUAGCCGUCAGAACCAAUAGGAUGUUACUUAGAGAAUUGAACAUUCCUGUCCAUCGUAUUACAUACUGGACCGACAGCAUGGCCGUUCUACGUUAUAUCCAGAAUAGCAGCCUUAUCCAAGCUGCGUACAUCAACACAAGGUUGAAUCCAGCGGAUCAUGCAUCUAGAGGUAUCUCUGCAGAUGGCUUAUUGAAACAGGAGAACUGGAUCAAACCCCCCAAUUUCCUGUCUGAACCUGAGGAUCAUUGGCCAACACCAGCUUCACACCUCACUGACACAGAACUGUUUGACAACGACCCAGAGGUGAAAAAGGUUAAUGUAAAGACAGUUGUCACAAAAUCACAGGAAUUACAAGAGAAUACCGCAGAUAUUGACAAGCUGUUUCAACAUCAUUCGUCUUGGUAUUUAUUGAAAAAACGUAACGUGGCCUGGAUUUUGAAGGUACGAAAAGAACUGUUAAGACGUGUUCGUGUGAAAAGACUCGAUUCUCACUCACUGGUACAGAAUGAUUCUUGUGACAAGGCUUACAUUUCAUAUGAGGACUUGAAAGAAGCAGAAAGAGCUAUACUUACUUUCAUUCAGCGGCAAGAAUUUUCUAUGGAAAUAAAAAGCCUUAUGUCAAGAAACUCUAGUGUCAGUCAUGGUAGCAGAAUCUGGAGCCUGGAUCCAUUUUUGGAUGCUGGUCUUUUGCGAGUCGGUGGCCGUUUACACAAGUCAAGUUUUCCAGAGGAGAUGAAACCUCCAGUGAUUUUACCCAAAGAUCAUCAUGUGUCCACUCUAAUUCUUAACCAAAUUCAUCAGGAUUUGUUACAUAGUGGCAGAAAUCAUAUGCUAGCUAAGCUGAGAGAACGUUACUGGCUUAUCCAUGCUCCAUCUGCAAUUCGGAAAGUCAUAUCAAAGUGUGUUACUUGUAGACGACAGAGAUCUAAGGUUGGAGAGCAAAAGAUGGCAAGUCUGCCCAAAGAUCGUAUUAUCCCAGACGAACCACCAUUUAGCAGAGUUGGUGUGGAUUACUUUGGACCAUUUGAAGUCAAAGUGAAACGGAGUCGUGUGAAACGCUACGGUGUUAUAUUCACUUGCUUAGCUAGUCGUGCAGUGCAUCUAGAGAUAGCAGCUUCGUUGGAUACAGAUUCCUACAUAAAUGCACUACGUCGUUUCAUAGCAAGAAGAGGACAAGUAAAGAAAAUACGUUCUGACAACGGAACUAACUUUGUGGGUGCCGAACGCGAACUUAAAAAAUCCAUACAAGAAUGGAACCAAGCACAGAUUCAAUCCGCGAUGUUACAAAAGAACGUAGACUGGCAGUUUAACCCACCAGCUGGAUCACACUACGGGGGAGCCUGGGAGAGGUUAAUUAGAUCUAUUCGUAAAGCCAUGAAUAGUGUACUAAAGGAGCAGACACUUGAUGACGAAGGACUUCAUACUCUAAUGUGUGAAAUUGAAUAUACAAUCAACGACCGACCAAUAACAAAGAACACGGAUCAACACGGUGACUUGGAGCCACUUACUCCAAAUCAUUUGCUUUUGAUGAAGAGGAAACCUAACCUUCCUCCAGGAGUCUUCGAUAAGACAGAUCUGUACCACAGACGCCGUUGGAGACAGAUACAAUAUAUGGCCAACUUGUUCUGGCAUCGUUGGGUACGCGAGUACUUACCACUUCUCCAGGAACGACAAAAAUGGCAUGAUAUCAAGAGAAACUUUCAAAUCGGUGAUAUUGUGUUAGUUGUGGAUUCGAACGCCCCGAGGAACUCUUGGCCGAUGGGAGUAGUACAUGAGACGAUUCCCGACAAAAAUGGACUCGUGCGUCAGGUCAAGGUGAAAACUGCGACAAACAUUUUAACGCGACCUGUCGAUAAGCUGUGUAUGAUACUUGAAAUGGACUAA